UUAAGAUACCGAAGUGGAAGUUUGAUCUCUACCAGCAUCUUCGUAUCAAACAUAACCUCGCCAAAGACCGAAACUCGCGAUUCAAAAUGCGCUGCUCUUUGCUCCUUUUCUCACUCUCCGCCACCACUACCCUCGCCGCUCUAACCCCAACCUGGGCCAAGCUCGCCCUCUCCCUCAACCUCAUGGAAGCAAACCUAAACACCGACCGCGGCCGUAUCGGCAAGCAUUAUGUCGACGCGAGCAAGCGGGCUGCUGAUAAUAAUGCCCUAAAUGCCACGCAGGGUGCCGUUGCCGAUGCGCUGCUCACGAAACUGAUGGCGGCGAACGCCAUGCAGAUCAAGGCCUUGAGCGAUCUGCGCAGUUACUUGUUCUACCCGGAGGAGAAUCCCGAGGUUUAUUAUGGGGCGGCGGACCGAGCGGUGGAAAAUAUUGAUUUCAGUCUUCCGGAUGGCUUGUUGGAGACACAGGGGGUGUUUGAUGAUAAAGAUGAGGUGAGGGCUGUUGAUGAUAUUCCGGGAUGUGCUACUUGUGUCGUCGAUUGGUGAAGCGUUGAGCCCAACCUGUAGCCUUCUUUCACUUGGUUAUCUUGUAUGUAUCAAACGCCAAGACUGCGAAACCUUUCAUCCGGGAUAUUCAUACCGGCCUCAAGCCUAUGGCCUGGGUGACUGAG